UAGCUUCUAUGAGGCCCCUGAUGCCGGUCGGCGAUGUGCGGCUGGAACUGUUGCCCCCGCCGCCGCUGCCGCUGCCAGCUGUGAGCGGGUCUCCGGUCGGCUCGUCCGGGCGACUCAUGGCCGCUAGCAGCUCCCUGGUGCCCGACCGGCUGCGCCUGCCUCUCUGCUUCCUAGGCGUCUUUGUCUGCUAUUUCUACUAUGGGAUCCUGCAGGAAAAGAUAACAAGAGGAAAGUAUGGGGAGGGAGCCAAGCAGGAGACAUUUACCUUUGCCUUAACUUUGGUCUUCAUCCAAUGUGUGAUCAAUGCUGUGUUUGCCAAGAUCUUGAUCCAGUUUUUUGACACUGCCAGGGUGGAUCGUACUCGGAGCUGGCUCUAUGCUGCCUGUUCUGUCUCCUAUCUGGGUGCUAUGGUCUCCAGCAACUCAGCACUACAGUUUGUCAACUACCCAACUCAGGUCCUUGGUAAAUCCUGCAAGCCAAUCCCAGUCAUGCUCCUUGGGGUGACCCUCUUGAAGAAGAAGUACCCACUGGCCAAGUACCUGUGUGUGUUGCUAAUUGUGGCUGGAGUGGCCCUUUUCAUGUACAAACCCAAGAGAGUAGUUGGGAUGGAAGAACAUGCAGUCGGCUACGGAGAACUGCUCCUGUUGUUGUCUCUGACCCUGGAUGGACUGACGGGUGUUUCCCAGGACCACAUGCGGGCUCAUUACCAAACAGGUUCCAACCACAUGAUGUUGAACGUCAACCUUUGGUCAACAUUGCUGCUGGGAGCCGGAAUCCUGUUCACUGGGGAGCUCUGGUUGUUCCUGAGCUUUGCUGAAAGGUACCCUACCAUCAUCUAUAAUAUCCUGCUCUUUGGCCUGACCAGUGCCCUGGGUCAGAGCUUCAUCUUCAUGACAGUUGUGUAUUUUGGCCCCCUGACCUGCUCCAUCAUCACCACAACUCGAAAGUUCUUCACCAUUUUGGCCUCUGUGAUCCUCUUCGCCAAUCCUAUCAGCCCCAUGCAGUGGGUGGGCACUGUGCUUGUGUUCCUUGGUCUUGGUCUUGAUGCCAAGUUUGGGAAAGGAGCUAAGAAGACAUCCCACUAGGAAGAGAGAGACUAUCUCCACUCCAAGAGUAUUUAAGUUAUUAUCUCAAACAGAGACAUCUCUUGGGAAAAUGGACUCAAUAGGUAUAAGAGACUGAGUUCCAGUCUUUUUUUAAAAAAAAACAAAAAAAAACCAAUGGAAGCAAAAUCACAUAUUCUGAAAAAGGCACUUGGAUUUUUAACAAGACAGAGUUGGUGGUUUCUGCUCUUGAUGACUUGGAGCACAGUGUAGCACAAAUAAAGAGAGAAGGAAGAGGUGGAGCUUGGUGCUUGUGACCCAAGCUGCUUCCUUUCAGGUGUGGUUAACAUGGUUGGGUGGGGAGUUCCCUGCCAGUCUGAGCAGUAGUCGGAGGAACCUUCAGAGAUUGUGCAGUUGGGCUAGCAACCUCUGUUCCAAUGUGAGGCUCUAAAUAUGCUAAGACAGGUGGCUGUCAGUUAGAGCCAGAGUAUGUAAAAAUCACUUAUCUGUUAAAGCUCUGGUGGGCAAGUAUUUCAUAAAAAACUAAAGGUACGUUCUCCUUAAGAAACGUCUCUUGAGAUGGGGGUAAAACGAACUCAGAGCCUCUGUUGUGUGUUCCCAUUUCCCCACUGCCUCCCCUUCAGCCAAAGCUCAGCCAGAACCAGAGUAGAGACCCAGUGCAUAUAUAUCAUGAACAGCUUUGGAAGGUCUGUAAAUGUACUUUUCCUGAUUCCGUUCUUCCCUCCAUCUCUCCAUCUGCUCUUGGUCAACCUGGUCCCCUUCUGGGGAGGCUAGAUUAAUUCCUCUUAUUCCCCUGCCUCCUUCAGCCGCCAAAGCAUUGCAGCCCUCUUCCAUCCACCAUGCCAGCUUCUGCCUGUUGAAAGGGAUGCUGGUGGGAGGCAUGGUGUCUGAGUUUUCUGAGUGGCAACAGGAGGGGGGCAGGGGGAAGGCGGGGCAUGGAGCAGAGCCACCUGGCCACUGCUGCCUUCAGAAUUGGAAAUCGCAAUCCUCUCAGGACCAAACUUUACACAUGAAAGUGCAUUUUCACCAGCUGCAACUUUCUCUCCAUCUGUUCAGCAGCCCCGGCCCCUUGGCUCUCCAGAUGGGAGCCCAGCCUCCUUCCUGAACGGCUGCCUUGCCAACCUCCACCCAGCCUUUCAAGCCCUGCCUCACUUCCACUCAUCUUGUGCUCUGGGUGCCCAGGUGUUUCUGCAAUUCUGCCCCAAAAGGCCCCCUCUCAUUUUGAACUCCUCCUAGAGAGAAGAGGUUUUAAGUACAUCUGGCUGAACCUCCUUCUUUCCUCCACCCCCUUUCCCCUCUGUUUUAUUUAUCCUGAAGUUUGCAUCAGUUAGCUUCUUCCCUACUAGAUUGAUAGUUCUUCCUAACUGUGUUCUGUGAAUUGAUUAGGUAGUUAGAUUAUGUUACCAAGGCCAGGGACUUGCAAGCGGUCAUCAUCUGGACUUGUUUUGCAAAGAGACAUCUUCUCAGCUAUGAGACCAAUCCCUUCCACCUCUUCUCCCUGCCAUUCCCAACUAGCUGUCUUAAAAAUGCCUGAUACUUGUCACCAAGAGCAAAAGGAUUUUCAACAUCUUAACAUGAUUCUCACUUGAUACUAGAGAAAGGGCUCGUAGAGCAAGCCUGGCUUACCAAUGGCGGGCUGGGAGCCCAGUUCUGGUAUAGUCGUGCAUGCCCCUGCGUAUUCGUCUAACAUUUAUUUUGUGUACUAAGCACUGAAAUGCUGGGAGUUCAAACAUAAGUAGGACUAGUAUACACCCUCUAGGUGGUUUACAGUCUAACAGGGGGACAGGAAGGCAAAUCAUUGCAUCUCAGAAAUGGCAGGGAUAACAACAAAGGAAGGUGUCUGGGCAAGGUGUGGCUUGAGCUGGAAAGUGUAGGAAGAUGAAAGUCGGGGGAGAUGGAGCCAAGCAGGAAAUGGGAUUUUAAACUGUCUGACUGCUCUUUCUUUCACCCUGUGCUCCUGCCUCCAGUCAGUUCAAGUAAGAACACGUGGCAGUAGAGUGACUUUCAAGCGAGGCGUCAUUUCACACAACUUGGAGAUACCUGAAAACAUUUUGCGAGCUACCAGCUUGUUCAGGGUGACAUUACCUGCAGGAUCACAGGAACUGAGAGUGCCAAACUUGGCUAAAGUCAGUAAGACUGUUGGCUUAUAAUAGGGCUGAUAAAUGUGAAAUACCAGACAAGUUCAAACAAAAGUUGUUGAUCGCUUACCCUGGGCAGCCUGAUGCUUCUGCUUUCUAAAGAUCAAAGAGCUUUCAUCUCCAGUUAAUUCUUGGCUAUGUGUAGGAGGGAGGAAACCAGCACGCAAAUUUCCCCAAACACUAUGUUUUUAGUUUGCAGUGUAUUGUACUUAUGUCUAUUUUGGUCAAAGCAUCAGGUCCAAACCUCCUUUGCUGUUAUGGCUCCAACUCAUGGUAAAACGAUUUUCCAUUUCCUGUGCACCUCUUAGCCUAUGGCAAGGGGAAUGGCCCACAAAUGUGAUUCAUGAGGUACAAUCAUAGAGAAAUCUAUUCUGUAAUUAAACACUAAAAUAAAAGUCGCACAUUAUUUUUAAA